UACAGUUUUGGUUUCCAAAUCUAAGAACAAAUGCGAUUUUCUCGAUUUGAUUGGGACGGAAAUGCGUCUUUUUUGACAUUACUGAGAUUUAACUCCGUUAAUCUUGUCAACUUGUAUAGAAAUUUGCCAAAAUAUACCAAAAACUCAAUAAAUUCACGAAUCUUUUGCGUUUUUCGAGUAGAAUAACGUUUUCCCAGUCAUGUUGACGACAUUGAGGCAAUUUUGAUCUCAAGCGUUUAAAAGUGCAAAAGUGUCGUUGAACUCUCGUUAGCGCCGCUGAAAACUGUCGAAAUUUUCAAAAACUCAAGAAAAGCCUCAAAUUUCCCAAUUUAUAACGUAAAGUUCUGCCGUUCCAGAGCUACCAAAGACUUUUGGGGGCCAGUCUUUAGCCUCAGGUAAGCAAAGCCCAAACAGCCCCAUAAAGUCCCAUGGAAAUUUGACCUGCCAGUUCAAAAAAUUUACAAAAAUCAAGGACAAUUGGCUCUAAACCAAACAGUUGGCGCACUAAUAGACCGGAUCUUUCGCCAUCGACCGGCAGUAAAAAUAGGUUUCUACUUGGCCAGACUUUGAGGAAGAAUUUUUGGAAAAUUUCUGGUCGGGUUAGAGAAGAGAAUUAUUUUCCAAUGCGGCCUCAAACCGGAAAAGUUCAACAAUUUCAGUUGCUGUCCAAGUUUGAUGAGGAAUUUACUCACCAGUUUCUGUUACGGUUGAAGUCGCUGAGAAAUGUAUAUACUGCUAAAGCGUCAGCGGCCAAUGCAGCUCCACCUGCAGCAACCAGUGCGCCAAAUGCAGCGAGCAACGACCGAUUUGAAGGUCCGGUUAUUCCCAUGUGCGUUUAUCUGCACAACAAAACCGUUAUCAUGAUGGAGAUUGAAGACACGCCAUCAGCCACCUGCGAGCUCAUCUGCCAGGCGAUCGUUAACAGUGAAGAGCUGGGCUUGAACAAGCAGCUGGCUGCUCAAGUGUUCACUUUGUGGAUGAUCAGUCCGAUUUUAGAGAUUCAGCUGAAGCCCUACUCCAAACCGUAUGAAAUGAGGCAAAACUGGCGCAAUCUGAUCGAAAAGUAUGGGCACGCCUCCGAGGGCCGGAUGGAAAAGGACGAGCCGAAGCUGGUGUUUCAGAGGAACAUAUUCGUUACCAAACAGCUGGAGGAGAGAAUCAAAGACCAAAAGAUCUUAGAGCUGCUCUAUGAAGAGUGCAAAUAUAACGUUUUGAAUGGGCGAUAUCCGUCGGAGAUCGCCUAUCUGAUCAUGCUGGGUGGGAUUCAAGCUCGGGAGGAACUGGGACCUUACAAUUUGCAGGUCCAUACAACGCACUUCUUCAGGGAACAGCAAUCGAAAUUCCUGCCGGCUCAUGUGAGGAAAAGUCCCACAUGGACGUGGCUGCCCAUCAGCAGUAAAAGUUCCGCAGAAGUGCGGCUACUGGAGCAGUUCAAGCGCAUCCCUAGCACGGCCACCAACAAGAAACUGAUGAAAAAAUACCUGGAGUACUGUUGGGGGUUGCCUUUCUAUGGGGCGGCAUUCUUCGAAGGACAGAUCGAGGAGCCCGUCCGGGGGUUGAUUUCCCUGCUCACCCAUCAGGAUGUUCCCGUUUUGCUGGCAAUCAAUCCGCGCGGGUUGUACAUUAUCGAUGAUCUGAAUUGUCAAAUCGUGUUGGGGCUCCGCUACGAGGAGUUCAGCUGGGAUUGCAGCAAACCGUCCAGAGAAGACAACCCGGACUGUCUUCCCUGCCUGUUUGUGCAAUUCUUGGUGGUGGAAAAUGGCGCCAGAGUGUCCAAGAUGUUGCAGGUGUUUUCCAGACAGGCCACCUUGAUGGACACGCUCAUCACCUCGUAUGUGUCCCAAGUGGUAUCAAAGUCUAAUGACGAAGUGGACAACAAAAUGUGCGAAAGUCAGAGCAACAGCGAUAAUGACAAUCACAAUCCUCCUGGAGGUGCAGCUGCGCCCCCUUACAGUGCAAACCAUGCAGCUCUGAGCACAAAGUUGAGCAAACUUACGCUGGCAACGUUUGAUGACGAAGGACACUGUAUUGGCCAGAUGGGAUCUUGGUCGUUCAGCUAUUAA